CGGAUACAUGGAUAUAUUUCAUAAUGUCAAUAUAAUGCACGUAGAGUUCACUGCAAUUGAUCAUAGCACCUAUAACAAUCUACUCUCCCUUUGAAGAUUGAUCUUAAAGCAAACAAAGAUGGCCCAAAAGGUGGAAGCACAAGGAGGGAAAGGAGGUAUUCAAUGGGACGAUGGAUCCGAACACGAUGCCGUAACCAAGAUUCAGGUCGGAGCAGGUGGAAUCGGCAUUCAAUACAUCAAGUUUGAUUACGUGAAGAACGGACAAUCCGAAGAAGCCCCUCUUCGGGGAGUCAAAGGCCGUAGUAUCGCAGCUGAUCCGUUUGUUAUUAACCAUCCAGAGGAGCAUCUAGUUUCUGUAGAAGGUUGGUUUAACCCUGAUGGUCUCAUUCAAGGGCUUAAGUUCAUAUCCAACAAGAAAACUUCUGAUGUCAUUGGAUACGACGACGGUACUCAUUUCACUCUCCAAGUUCAAGACAAGAAGAUCAUUGGCUUUCAUGGGUCUGCCGGAGACUAUGUCAACUCUCUUGGAGCUUACUUUGCUCCGUUGACUUCAACCCCGUUGACCCAUGCCAAGAAGCUGCCGGCACUUGGCGCUGAUGUAGGAACUGCAUGGGAUGAUGGUGCUUACGAUGGUGUUAAGAAGGUGUACGUAGGACAGGCCCAAGAUGGUAUAUCAGUCGUUAAGUUUGUGUAUGACAAAGGCGCUGAGGACAUCGUCGGAGCUGAACAUGGAACGAGUACUCUACUCGGAUUCGAAGAGUUCGAACUUGACUAUCCAAGUGAGUACAUCACGGCUGUCCAAGGCACCUACGAUAAAAUCUUUGGGAGUGAUGCCACGGUCAUAAAUAUGCUUAGGUUCAAGACUAAUAAGCAAACAUCUACUCCCUUUGGACUUGAAGCUGGCACAGCCUUUGAGCUCAAAGAGGAAGGCCACAAGAUCGUUGGAUUCCAUGGAAAAGUCAGUGACCUGCUUCAUCAGCUUGGAGUCUAUGUCCUGCCAGUCACCAACUGAUCAUAUGACAUCUUUCUCUUUGAUUCCAUGCAUCUAAAAUAAGCUAUUAUAUCUAUCCUUUAAAUUUGUUAUUUGAAAUCUCCUUGUGCCUCUUGUGACCUUUGAAUAAGUGUUUUAAGUAACGUUUCUUGUGAUGUUUGUUUCUUUGAUGUCUUUGUAAUCCAUUUCAAUAAAGGAAGUUUGUUUCAUCUCGGUUAAAAAAUCCCCCCCCUCUCAAUUUGGUUAUAUAAUUAUUGAUAGUAGUUUGACUUGUUCAAAAAAGUAUAUAGUAUAUAUUACUGUAUUACAUAUUGAGUCGGCAAAAUAAAGCUAUCAUAAGAAUAUCUUUUAGUCUUUUUGGUAAAACAUUAUAAUAUGUCUCGUGGAUCACGUAACUAUAUAUUAUAUUAUCUCCACUUGUACUAAUUAAUUGCGUAUAUGCGGAUCAGCGAGUUCCAAGAGAUCAAUAAAUUCACAUCAGAUGGAUCAUAGUCUACUCUAGCUUUGAAGGUCCGUUACCUUUUCCUCUCCAUCUCUUAUGACAAUUAUAAUCAUGUUAAAUUUGGUUAGUUGUUGAAACUAACUUUUGUUAAAGGUAAGUUCUUAAGAUUAGUAUAAAGCAAGAAAAAAGAUGGCUCAAAAGGUGGAGGCGCAAGGAGGGAAAGGAGGUAACCAAUGGGACGAUGGAUCCGAACACGAUGCCGUGAUCAAGAUUCAGGUGGGAGCUGGUGGAAUCGGCAUUUAGUACGUUAAGUUUGACUAUGUCAAGAACGGACAAACAGAAGAAGCCCCUCUUCGCGGUAUCAAAGGCCGUAGUAUCGCAGCUGAUCCGUUUGUGAUUAGCCAUCCUGAGGAGCAUCUAGUUUCUGUAGAAGGUUGGUAUAACCCUGAAGGUCUUCUUCAAGGGCUUAAGUUCAAAUCCAACAAGAAGACUUCUGAUCUUAUUGGAUACGAUGAUGGUACUCAUUUCACUCUCCAAGUUCAAGACAAGAAGAUCGUUGGCUUUCAUGGGUUUGCCGGAGACUAUGUCCAUUCUCUUGGAGCUUACUUUUCCCCGUUGACUAGUUCUACCACGUUGACUCCUGCCAAGAAGCUACCGGCACUUGGUAGUGAUGAAGGAACUGCAUGGGAGUGUGGGACGAUGGUGCUUACCAUGGUGUUAAAAAGGUGUUUGUAGGUCAAGGUCAUGAUGGUGUAUCAGCGGUUAAGUUUGAGUAUGUCAAUGGUUCUCAAGUGGUUAUUGGGCAUGAACGUGGAAAGCCGACUCUACUCGGAUUCGAAGAGUUCGAACUUGACUAUCCAAAUGAAUACAUAACGGCGGUUGAUGGCACAGUUGAUAAAAUCUAUGGGAGUGACUCUGCGGUCAUUACCAUGCUUAGGUUUACGACUAAUAAGCGAACAUCUAAUCCAUUUGGACUUGAAGCUGGCGCAGCUUUCCAACUCAAAGAGGAAGGCCACAAGAUCGUUGGGUUUCAUGGAAAAGCCAACGAGCUGCUUCAUCAAAUUGGAGCCCAUCUCCUAUUAGACACAAGCCCACAAGCCCAAUAUUGAGUCAAUAUCAAGCCCAUAUGUUUAGGGUUUCUAGCAAGUGUUUUUCAUAUAAAUAUCAAAGCUAUGUAAUAGAGAAACUCAACCUUGAGAGUUGCCUUUCAAGCAGCUCUCUUCCUCUUAUAUUUGAUCAUAUAAACCGUUAUCUUUCGACUCUUGGUGACAACGUUAACUUCAUCUUCUCUCUUUACCUUCUUGUUAAAUAAUAUUUCAUUUCUAGUUUAAUAAGCUCAUUUGAGCAUCAAUCUAUUUAGUUUCAAAUCUCAUCAUCUCCUCCCCAUCACCAACUGAUUAUGGCAUAUUUCUCUUUGAUUCCAUCUUAUAAAUUACAAUAUCUAUCUUUAUAUAUAUAUAUAUAUAUCUUCUAAAUGUGUCAUCGGAAGUUUCUUUAUGUUUAUGUAUCUGGUGGCCUUUAAAUAAGUUGUUUUUACUUUUCA